AUGCCCAUAAUCAGCAACGCCAACCAUGACUUCGCCAACUACUCGGUCAGCAGUGACAACAGCAGCCUGGACUGCUUCUUCACAGAGAUCCCAGAGACAGAGACGGUCAAGGGAGUGUACUACCAGCGUGCCCAGCUGCUCCGCAACGACCCCGACGGGGCCUGGCCCUCUGUCGACCACACCCUGCAGGUACUACUAGUACUGCUACUGCUGCUGCUACUACUGCUACCUACUACUAGUACUACUACUACUACUACUACUUACUACUAUACUCACAUAGCUGCUACUGAUACUACUACUACUACUACUACUCACGCUACUACUGUACUACUACUACUAUCACUACUAGCUAUGCUACUGCUACUGCUACUGCUACUACUACUACUACUACUACUACUACUACUCUACUGCUACUACUACUACUAUACUACUACUGCUACUACUCUACUACUACUGUACUACUACUACACUUACUAUACUACUCUACUGCUACUCUCUACUGCUACUACUACUGCUCUACCUACUACUACUACUACUACUACUACUACUACUCUCUACUACUUACUGACUACUAGCUACUACUACUACUACUACUACUCUGCUACUACUCUACUGCUACUUCUGCUUACUACUACUACUACUACUAACUACUACUACUUACGCUGCUACUACUACUACUCUACUACUACUACUACUACUACUUUACUACUACUCUACUACUCUACUACACUACUACUACUACUACUACUACUACUACUGCUACUACUACUCUACCUACUACUACUACUACUACUGACUACUACUACUUACUACUACUACUGACUGACUACUACUACUACUACUACUACUACUACUACUACUAUACUACUGCCUACUACUUACUACUGACUACUACUACUACUACUACUACUACUACUACUCUACUACUACUGUACUACAUACUUAACUACUACUAUCCUACUACUACUACUACUACUACUACUGCUACUACUACUACUACUUACCUCUAUACUACUAACUUACUACUACAUCUACUAACUACUCUACUACUACUACUUACUAUACUACUACUACUACUACUACUACUACUUACAUACUACUACUAGCUCUACUGCUACUAAACUACUUACUACUACUACUCUACUACUACUACUUACUAACUACUACUACUACUGUACUACUACUAUACUUACUACUACUACUAUACUACUACUACUACUACUACUCUACUACUCACUGACUACAUACUACUACUACUACUGCUACUGACUACACUACUACUACUACUACCUACUACUUACUGACUACUACUAUACUACUACUACUACUACUGUACUAUACUACUAUACUUACUACUACUACUACUAUACUACUACUUCUACUACUACUACUAACUACUAGCUCUACUCUAUACUGACUACUACUACACUACUACUACCUACUACUGACGUACUACACUCGCUACUACUUACUACUACUAACUGCUACUACUCUACUGAUACUAACUACUACUACUCUAUACUCUGCUACUGGUAACUCUACACUACUACUGCUACUGCACUACUUGACUACUACUACUACUACUACUACUACUACUGACUUGACUGCUAGCUACUCUAUUGACUGACUACUAUGCUACAUUACUAACUAUAUCUACUACCUAACUAUAGCUUACUCGUUACAGCUUGCUAACUGACUACACUCUACUACCCUACUACUUCACUCUGACUAGCUUGUCUGACUGAUGUACUGAGACAUCGUUGUACACUAUGAGUUAUGACUACUGACUGACUACACUGAUUCACUGAACUACCUAGAUCCUAUCUGACUAUGUGUACCGUGUCAUGCACUUGCUAACUGGUACUACUAAGUGUCUCCUGACUACUGGACAUUCCUCUGACCCUGGGCUGUACUAUGCUCAGCGGUACAUCGCUCUGUAGUACUUAUUACAGCUAUGUUGCUAACUACAUUUAUUUCACUAAAUUCUCUGUCGGGAACCUCUUCAGACUAUUGCUACUACGAUACUGGACACUUAUCACCUGUUAACACUUGCGUCACUGCAAUGUUGAAAUGUGUAGUAACAUCGUUGUCAAAGUUUUAUUUUAAAUGAGCUAUUUAUGACAAACGCUUUUUGAAAUCAAUAAAGCCCAUUUAUUGUCCUGUUCCACCUUCAGUGUCUAAUGCAAUUUUACAUGACGACCUGUGCAUUAUUUGACAGCUGAACUGUGGCGGGGUCUGCUCCAGCCCCGAGGACAUCGCCGGGCUCUGUGACGACUACGAUGAGACCCGGAGGGAGUACUUUUUCGACCGGAGCCCCACAGCGUUCAGGGUCAUCCUGAACUUCCUGGCGGCCGGGAAGCUCCGCCUCCUGCGAGAGCUAUGUGCCGUGUCACUGCACGAUGAGCUGGACUACUGGGGGGUCGAUCCCACCCGUAUGGAACACUGCUGCCGCCGGCGCAUGUUGACAUGUGUCGAGGAGGUACAUCGUUUCUGUAAAGUGUUAUUUUUUAUUUUAUUAAACUUUUUUUUUUCUCAUUUAUUUUACACAAAUCUGCCUUUUUUCAAGGAGAACCUGGUCAAGAAGACGGCUCCAUUUAUUGGGACAUUUACACUACCGUUCAAAAGUUUGGGGUCACUUAGAAAUGUCAAUUUUUUUUGUAACAUCAAAUUGAUCCGAAAUACAGUGUAGACAUUGUUAAUGUUGUAAAUGGCUAUUGUAGCUGGAAACUGCUGAUUUUUUAAUGGAAUAUCUACAUAGUCGUACAGAGGCCCAUUAUCAGCAUCCAUCAGUCCUGUGUUCCAAUGGCACGUUGUCUUUGCUAAUCCAAGUUUAUCAUUUUAAAAGGCUAAUUGAUCAUUAGAAAACCCUUUUGCAAUUAUGUUAGCACAGCUGAAAACUGUUGCGCUGAUUAAAGAAGCACUAAAACUGGCCUUCUUGAGACUAGUUGAGUAUCUGGAGCAUCAGCAAUUGUUGGGUUCGAUUACAGGCUAAAAAUGGCCAGAAACAAAUAACUUUCUUCUGAAACUCGUCAGUCUAUUCUUGUUCUGAGAAAUGAAGACUAUUCCAUGCAAGAAAUUGCCAAAAUACUGAAGAUCUCGUACAACGCUGUGUACUACUCCCUUCACAGAACAGCGCCAGAAUAGAAAGAGGAGUGGGAAGCCCCGGUGCACAACUGAGCAAGAGGACAAAUACAUUAGAGUGUCUAGUUUGAGAAACAGACGCCUCACAGGUCCUCAACUGGCAGCUUCAUUAAAUAGUACCCGCAAAACACCAGUCUCAACGUCAACAGUGAAGAGGCGACUCCGGGAUGCUGACCUUCUAGGCAGAGUUGCAAAGAAAAAGCCAUAUCUCAGACUGGCCAAUAAAAAUAAAAGAUUAAGAUGGGCAAAAGAACACAGACACUAGACAGAGGAAGAUUGGAAAAAAGUGUUAUGGACAGACAAAUCGAAGUUUGAGGUGUUCGGAUCACAAAGAAGAACAUUUGUGAGACGCAGACCAAAUGAAAAGAUGCUGGAGGAGUGCUUGAUGCCAUCUGUCAAGCCUGGUGGAGGCAAUGUGAUGGUCUGGGGGGUGCUUUGGUGGUGGUAAAGUGGGAGAUUUGUACAGGGUAAAAGGGAUCUUGAAGUAGGAAGGCUAUCACUCCAUUUUGCAACGCCAUGCCAUACCCUGUGGAUGGCGCUUGAUUGGAGCCAAUUUCCUCCUACAACAGGACAAUGACCCAAAGCACAGCUCCAAACUGUGCAAGAACUAUUUAGGGAAGAAGCAGUCAGCUGGUAUUCUGUCUAUAAUGGAGUGGCCAGCACACUCACCGGAUCUCAACCCUAUUGAGCUGUUGUGGGAGCAGCUUGACCGUAUGGUACGUAAGAAGUGCCCAUCAAGCCAAUCCAACUUGUGGGAGGUGCUUCAGGAAGCAUGGGGUGAAAUCUCUUCAGAUUACCUCGACAAAUUGACAACUAGAAUGCCAAAGGUCAGCAAGGCUGUAAUUGCUGCAAAUGGAGGAUUCUUUGACGAAAGCAAAGUUUGAAGGACACAAUUAUUAUUUAUAUUAAAAAUAAUUAUUUCUAACCUUGUCAAUGACUACAUUUCCUGUGCAUUUUGCUAUAUUUCCUAUUCAAACUCAUUUAAUGUAUGUUUUCAUGGAAAACAAGGACAUUUCUAAGUGACCCCAAACUUUUCAACGGUAGUGUAUGUCAAAUUGACUUUAUAACUAAAGCUUGAUCUUUGAUUGUGAUCUCGAUUGUGAUCUCGAUUGUGAUCUUGAUUGUGAUUUUUGAUUGAGGUGGCGGAGCGUGAGCGUAAGGAGGAGGAGUGGAGACAGAGGAGGAUGAAGCUACAGAGGCUCCCCCUGUUGGCGGAGACGGAGACGGGCUACGGCAGGCUGAUGAGCAGGUAGAAACAGCAGUGUUAAACCCUAGGUACAGAUCUGGGAUCAGCGUGUCCCCUCCUCUAAUCCAAACCUUAAACGUUACUGGUGAUAAUGCUAAACUGGCCCAAGAUCAGCAUCUUCACCCAGCGCCCAGGUACAUGUAUAACUGUGGUCAUAUGCUCUGUCUAACAGUGGUCAUAUGCUCUGUAUAACUGUGGUCAUAUGCUCUGUAUAACUGUGGUCAUGCACUCUGUAUAACUGUGGUCAUAUGCUCUGUCUAACUGUGGUCAUGCACUCUGUAUAACUGUGGUCAUGCACUCUGUAUAACUGUGGUCAUAUGCUCUGUCUAACAGUGGUCAUAUGCUCUGUAUAACUGUGGUCAUAUGCUCUGUAUAACAGUGGUCAUAUGCUCUGUAUAACUGUGGUCAUGCACUCUGUAUAACUGUGGUCAUAUGCUCUGUCUAACAGUGGUCAUAUGCUCUGUCUAACAGUGGUCAUAUGCGCUGUAUAACGGCGGUCAUAUGCUCUGUAUAAAAGUGGUCAUAUGCUCUCUAUAACAGUGGUCAUAUGCUCUCUAUAACAGUGGUCAUAUGCUCUCUAUAACAGUGGUCAUAUGCUCUCUAUAACAGUGGUCAUAUGCUCUCUAUAACAGUGGUCAUAUGCUCUCUAUAACUGUGGUCAUAUGCUCUCUAUAACAGUGGUCAUAUGCUCUCUAUAACAGUGGUCAUAUGCUCUGUCUAACAGUGGUCAUAUGCUCUCUAUAACAGUGGGCAUAUGCUCUGUCUAACAGUGGUCAUAUGUUCUCUAUAACAGUGGUCAUAUGCUCUGUCUAACAGUGGUCAUAUGCUCUCUAUAACAGUGGUCAUAUGCUCUGUCUAACAGUGGUCAUAUGCUCUCUAUAACAGUGGUCAUAUGCGCUGUAUAACGGCGGUCAUAUGCUCUGUAUAAAAGUGGUCAUAUGCUCAGAGACUGGUGAGGGACACAGAGGGCUUUCUUUCUCUUGUUGUUUGUUCAGAAGACAAACUGUCAAUGCACUAAGUACUGAUCUGGCGAGUGUGAUUCCAAUAGCUGUGUCCCUCCUUCAGGGAACAGUACUAUAUUCAUAACUUUACGUUACGUCUUCAUGAAUGCGUAAGACAACAGGAUCUGUAAACGAGAUCUCCAACAAUGGAAAAUAGGAUUUUUUCCAAACUCUGUUCCACAGGUUGAGAGAGGUGGUGGAGAACCCCCACUCCGGCUUGGCGGGGAAGAUGUUCGCCUGCUUCUCUGUGAUCAUGGUAGUUGUGACAGUCAUCAGCCUCUGUAUCAGCACCAUGCCUGAUCUACGCCAGGAGGAGAGCAAGGUGAGUGGAGCAUAACCGCUGAGCUAAAGCCUAGGGGUUAGCUUGGGGAGCUGAUACAAGUCUUACGGUGAAAGGAACCUACUGAAAUAUGCAUGUCCUGCUUUCAACCAUUUAGAUUGUAAAGAUAGCUCACCAUCAAUAGUUGAACCAACCUUUGUUGAAAAAAAAAGGUACAUUUCUCGGGCAACUGUAGUUUGUUUCACUCUCAAUGUCUUUUCCCAUGUCUAAACGCUAUCACAACCACUCUCUCCAUCUUCAUCUUAAUAAUGUAUUUAUCUUUCUUGUCUCUUCCUCUCUCUCUUUCUGUCCCUCUCCUUCCUUCUGUCUGUCUGUCAGUCUCUCUCUCUCCCUUCUCUCUCCUCCCUCCCUCUCUGACCUCCUCUCUCUCUCUCUCUCUCUCUCCGUCUCCAGGGCGAGUGUUCCCAGAAGUGUCAUCACAUGUUUGUUGUGGAGACGGUGUGUGUAGCCUGGUUCUCCCUGGAGUUCAUGCUGCGGUUCCUCCAUGCUCGCUCCAAACUAGAAUUUGCCCGCGGGCCCCUGAACAUCAUCGAUGCUGUGGCCCUCCUACCCUACUACGUCUCUCUGGUGGUGGUUGAGAACAACAUGACUCUGGAGGAUGGCAGUGCAGGGGCAGGUGGAACAAACAUAUUCAUUAUCAUGUGUUUUUGGGUGAACCAUUUUUUUGUUUGUAUGAAGUCACUUUAUUAAUACACUCAAUAAGAAUUAUAGCAGGGUAAUCUGGACAACAGUGUUAUAAUGGGGUUAGCUAUAGCUGGCUAGGCUAACCCUCCUCCUGGACUACAAUAAAUCAGGCCAACCGUCCUCCUGGACUACAAUAAAUCAGGCCAACCGUCCUCCUGGACUACAAUAAAUCAGGCCAACCGUCCUCCUGGACUACAAUAAAUCAGGCCAACCCUCCUCCUGGACUACAAUAAAUCAGGCCAACCGUCCUCCUGGACUACAAUAAAUCAGGCCAACCGUCCUCCUGGACUACAAUAAAUCAGGCCAACCCUCCUCCUGGACUACAAUAAAUCAGGGCUGGCCAACCCUCCUCCUGGACUACAAUAAAUCAGGCCAACCGUCCUCCUGGACUACAAUAAAUCAGGCCAACCCUCCUCCUGGACUACAAUAAAUCAGGGCUGGCCAACCCUCCUACUGGACUACAAUAAAUCAGGGCUGGCCAACCCUCCUCCUGGACUACAAUAAAUCAGGCCAACCGUCCUCCUGGACUACAAUAAAUCAGGCCAACCGUCCUCCUGGACUACAAUAAAUCAGGCCAACCGUCCUCCUGGACUACAAUAAAUCAGGCCUGGCCAACCCUCCUCCUGGACUACAUGUAGGAUUUAGCUAGCCUGUAGGAGGGGAUCGGUCCAGAAGUAGGUGAUCAGUAGAAUCAGCUGUGUUCAGAUCCUGUAGGAGGGGAUCUGUCCAGAAGUAGGUGAUCAGUAGAAUCAGGUGUGUUCAGAUCCUGUAGGAGGGGAUCUGUCCAGAAGUAGGUGAUCAGUAGAAUCAGGUGUGUUCAGAUCCUGUAGGAGGGGAUCUGUCCAGAAGUAGGUGAUCAGUAGAAUCAGGUGUGUUCAGAUCCUGUAGGAGGGGAUCUGUCCAGAAGUAGGUGAUCAGUAGAAUCGAGUGUGUUCAGAUCCUGUAGGAGGGGAUCUGUCCAGAAGUAGGUGAUCAGUAGAAUCAGGUGUGUUCAGAUCCUGUAGGAGGGGAUCUGUCCAGAAGUAGGUGAUCAGUAGAAUCGAGUGUGUUCAGAUCCUGUAGGAGGGGAUCUGUCCAGAAGUAGGUGAUCAGUAGAAUCGAGUGUGUUCAGAUCCUGUAGGAGGGGAUCUGUCCAGGAGUAGGUGAUCAGUAGAAUCGAGUGUGUUCAGAUCCUGUAGGAGGGGAUCUGUCCAGAAGUAGGUGAUCAGUAGAAUCGAGUGUGUUCAGAUCCUGUAGGAGGGGAUCUGUCCAGGAGUAGGUGAUCAGUAGAAUCGAGUGUGUUCAGAUCCUGUAGGAGGGGAUCUGUCCAGGAGAAGGGUUGCCUAGCCCUGAAAUAGAAACUACUGUAUAAUACAUGAAAUAUUCAACCUAUUUUUGGGGAUAUUACCAACCUACCAUAUUAAACAACAUUGUGUACUUUCUCCUCUGUUCUCCAGGUAGGGGCUACCUGGACAAGCUAGGUCUGGUCCUGCGUCUGAUGCGUGCGUUGCGUAUCCUGUACGUGAUGCGGCUGGCGCGUCACUCCCUGGGCCUCCAGACCCUGGGCCUGACCAUGCAGCGCAGCACCCGAGAGUUCAGCCUCCUCCUGCUCUUCGUCACCGUCGGCAUGGCCCUCUUCUCUCCCAUGGUGCACCUGGCCGAGAGCGAGCUGGCGCCCAACGCCGCCACCGCGCCCCAGCACAGCUUCAGCAGCAUCCCAGCCUCCUAUUGGUGGGCCAUCAUCUCCAUGACGACCGUGGGCUACGGGGACAUGGUGCCGAGGAGCAUCCCGGGUCAGGUGGUGGCGCUGAGCAGCAUCCUGAGUGGGAUUCUCAUCAUGGCGUUUCCUGCUACUUCCAUCUUCCACAUGUUCUCCAGGAGCUACCAGGAGCUGAAGCUGGAGCGCGAGAGGCUGUGGAAGGAGGAGACGGGGGCCGCUCUGGCCGCUGACAACCUGGACAGCAGGAGGAAGAGGGAGGAGGAGAGGGAGGAGGAGAGGAAGGCGGAAGCUGUCGCGGAAGCGGAUAGUUACUUGCCCAGAAGCCGGGACUCUGUGGAGUCUCUGUGCCAGUCCCUUGGAGGAGGGAACAGAGGGAUGAUGGGAGGGAUGACAGAGGGGCAGCAGGCUCCUGACUGGGGGGAACAGAGGGAUGAUGGGAGGGAUGACAGAGGGGCAGCAGGCUCCUGA